UCUUCCGUCGUUGGGUUCGUGACACAAACUGUGACGAUGACAAUACGCGACGGGAUUCCUGCUCAACCGGAUCGCAAGAAAGUAGCGACACACAUCCCAGGAGGAAGCAGAGAUGGAGAGCCAAAACCAUUGUUGUUCUGUCCACUUCGUCUUUUUGAUCAUAAUGUCGAGUGCAGCAUUUGUCCCGGUCUCUGCUGAGGGGACAAAGACGGUGGAGUUCAACGUGAAACCGGGAGGAGUGGUACACACGUUCACCGAGGGGAUUAGGGAGUAUGAAUGCUCAUUCACAUAUGCCUCACAAGGGGGAACCAAUGAGCAAUGGCUAAUGAGUGUGGGUCUGAGUGACGAUGACAAACUGUUUUCCUGCUCUGUGUGGAGGCCCCAGGGGAAAUCGUACCUGUUUUUCACUCAGUUCAAAGCUGAACUGAAGGGAACCAAAAUUGAAUAUGCCAAUGCAUAUUCGCAGACAGCGGCAGCAGGACAAAGUGACGUGCCUCUGAAACCGGAGGAAUUUACUGUAGGAGACUCAACAGUGACCCACAACGAUGGAAAGUUCAGUGCUCAACUCUCCAAGCUGACUGCCAUUGGACGGACACGGCAUGACGAGCUGUAGAUGGUCAGAUAACUGACUUUUUUCCAGUGAAGUUUUUGACCAAUCAGAGCACCUUGAUGAGCUCUGGGAGGAGCCUCUUGGUUUCAGCUCUUUAGUAAAUGAAGGGUGGAUUUAGGAGAGAGAAUUUCUAGGAUGACUUGAAAAACAUUGAAAGGGAUGAUUCUGCUAUUGCUGCACUUUGUAUGUCAGUACAUAAACCAUCUGCUAUGUUUUAAUGAAGGAUUUAUGAGUGAAAACACUUCAUGUGAUAAAAAAAAAUGCAGCAAGGAAUCUGUUGAGUAUUCCAAUUUUUUACUACAUAAUGUCCUAGUUAAAAUUCUGCCAUGAGAUAAAGUGCUUCCAUCGUUGUUUCUUGGAAACUAAAGCUGUGAGAUUUACUGAAAAUAUAGUUCUGAUCCGGUGGGGAUGUAUGUGAAUGUGUAGAGGAUUGGUGUCUUAGGGCUUGAGAGUAUAGAUAACAUAUUUAGAGUAGGGAGGGAUUUAUCCAUCCUAUGUAAUCCUGAGAAGAAAUUGAGUAAUCCUCAACAGCGGCAUCACACGGGCAAAAAACAAUUACAUUUUCCUCAAUUUCAUUCUGCUCUAGACAGCUGUACGCAUGCAUUUUAUCCCAUAAAUCACCAAUUAGUACCACUUUCAUGACUUUCUGUGCUGUUUUUGGUCAGAGGGGAUACUUGUUAUAGAGCA